CAGCAUCAUUUCUCUUCCAACCCUUUUGAACAUGACAAGAGCAAGUGUACAUAAAGACAGACAACAAAUCACACAACAAGAAGACCAUGAUCAAUCAUCCCAAGGCAAAAAGAAUCAAACAAAUUCAUCAAAAACCUGCCCACUAACUCAUAUCACAAAUCACAAACCCAGACUCUCAUCUCCAAACUCAACUCAGCUGGUCAAAAAAUGGAAGGAAUAGUUCACCAGACAAUGGACGUGAAUGGGAUCAAGCUCCACGUGGCAGAGAAAGGGGAGGGCCCCACUGUCCUCCUCCUCCACGGCUUCCCAGAGCUCUGGUACUCUUGGCGCCAUCAGAUCCUCGGCCUCGCCGGAAAAGGGUACCGGGCGGUGGCGCCGGAUCUUCGAGGCUACGGGGACAGUGAUAACCCUAGUGUGGUUGCUGCUUACAGCAUUUUUCAUCUUGUUGGUGAUCUUGUUGCUCUUAUUGAUGCGCUUGGUCAGGAUAAAGUGUUUGUGGUUGGCCAUGAUUGGGGUGCACUUGUGGCAUGGCAUUUGUGCAUGUUCAGGCCAGACAAAGUGAAGGCUUUGGUGAACCUCAGUGUGCCUUUCCUCCCUCGGAACCCUACCAUAAAAUUUACAGACUUCUUGAGGUCUCUUUAUGGGGACGAUUUCUAUGUCAGCAGAUUUCAGGAACCUGGGGACAUUGAACAACAAUUCACCCAUAUUGGCACUAAACUAGUCAUGAAAAAGUUAUUCGCAAUUCGCGAUCCAGGGCCUCUUAUGAUACCCAAGGAAGGUUGGGUCUCGCCCGAUGAUCAAAUUGCAUUGCCUUCAUGGCUCUCAGAAGAGGAUAUCGACUAUUAUGCAAGCAAGUUCGAGAAAAAUGGUUUUACAGGGCCAAUCAACUACUAUCGAAAUUUUGACUUAAACUGGGAGCUGACGGAGCCAUGGACAGGGAGUCAGGUCACAGUACCAACCAAGUUCAUCGUCGGUGAUGUCGAUUUGGUGUAUCACUAUUAUCCCGGUAUCCAAGACUACAUACACAAGGGUGGAUUCAAGCAAGAUGUUCCUUUGCUUGAGGAGGUGGUCGUGAUGCCUGGAGUCGCGCACUGGAUCAACCAAGAAAAUCCUCAUGAAGUAACUCAACACAUCUAUGAUUUCAUUCAAAAGUUUUGAAUCCGUCAUCGUCGCCAAAUGAAGUACUUAAAACCGAUCGACUUUGGUUUAUCAAUAAAUGAAUUCUCGGUUUAUUCGAUCGGGCUGAUGAAUCUGCUAGUGUAUUUGGUUUGAAAGUUCUUUUUAGUCCCACACUUGCUGGGAGUAAGGAGCGCAUGUAAUCCUGAAUCUUUCCCAAUCUACUUAUUACGCUGAUCCCCUCUGGGAUCAAAGUCACCUUUCUUAUCACAAUAUGGUAAUAACAGAAUAUAUCAUACUGAUA